AUGCGCUGGGGAGUUAGUAUAGCUGGUAUGCCAUCACCGGCCAGGACCGCUUACUACACCGUAUUAUGAUAAAAUAAGCAAGUGUACCUGUUUCUAAUUGCACAUGGCUCACAGAAUAUGCUGGAGGGUUGCGGCUGUCAGCUCUCGUUUUUUGUGGAGGAGUUUAAUACUCCCUGAUAAUUGCUUUCCGAGAGGUCAAUUCCGCCUGCCCAGCUUUGUCAACAGUCACGACCGAUUCCCGAGUACAAGGUUGAUUGUUGUUAGAUUCAGUACAAGACCACUGAGCACAGAUGUGAGCUACGAGGAGCUAAAGCAAAUCGUGGAUGGACAAGACAAAGCAGUCAUUAUAGAUGUCAGGGAGCCAUGGGAGCUCAGGGAGUAUGGAUCUAUCCCAAGAUCCAUCAACGUACCCCUGGGCCAGAUAAACACCGCUCUUCGGCUGGAUGCAGAGGAGUUCCAGGAGAAGUAUGGCGGUGAAAUGCCACAGCCAACUGACAACAUAGUGUUCACCUGUUUGGCGGGAGUCCGCAGCCUAAUAGCACUGGAGACCGCCACGUCACUGGGAUACAAAAGUGUUCAACAUUAUCCGGGUGGAUGGCAAGAGUGGGUGACUUGUGAACAGAAGAAUACACCAUAAGUUACAUCUGGAUAUUUCUUGCAUAAUUUGUACCAAAGAUGUACUAAUUUAAUUUUGAGUUGAUCACAUAAUGUUGAAAUGUCUUCUCAACAAGUCCAUCUAAAACCAGUCUUAAUGUGAGUGUGCUAAAUAUACUAACUAUGCAAAGCCAGAGCCAUUGAGCGAGAGUUAGGCUGUACAUGGUCAUGAAGCAUGACUCUAUAACAUUUACUUGUAGAUAAUGCAAACUAUGAUUAUUUGGACAUCAGUAAUUCACAAACAGUGCCUCUUCUUCUAUGGUCCUAAUGCAUUGAGUGGCUAAUCGUUUCUCAAUUUUUAAUGGCUUUGUCAGAAUCCCUUUUAAACUGUGACUGUGGCCAUACAAUUCUCAAGUAAUUAUGAUUUCAACAUUUGAAAUAUUUUUUUGUAUAUAAAUAAUGGCUGAUUACCGUCCAUGCAGGGACAAAAAUAAAAUUAGUUUUCAUUA